AUGUCGGGAGUCGAAGAGCAGAAGAAAGAAGGCGUCAGGAUCGCCGUCGAGGGUUGCGGUCAUGGCACGCUCCAUGCCAUCUACGCUUCUGUAGAAGAAGCUUGCCGCGUGAAAGGCUGGGAUGGCGUUGACUUGUUGAUAAUCGGCGGUGAUUUUCAGGCAGUAAGAAACCAACAUGAUCUUAAUGUCACUGCCAUGCCUGCAAAGUACAGGCGCAUGGCAGAUUUCCAUGAAUACUACAGUGGUGCCCGAACUGCUCCUUGCCUGACCAUCUUCAUUGGCGGCAACCACGAAGCGAGCAAUCAUCUCUUUGAACUUUACUAUGGUGGAUGGGUCGCACCGAACAUCUACUACCUUGGAGCUGCCAACAUUGUUCGAUUAGGACCUAUCAGAAUCGCUGGGCUCACGGGGAUCUGGAAAGGAUACGAUUACCGCAAGCCUCAUUUCGAGCGUCUUCCGUACAACCAAGAGGACAUUCAUAGCAUCUUCCACGUUCGAGAGUUGGAUGUCAGAAAACUAUUGUCUCUCCGGUCGCAAGUUGACAUUGGUCUCUCGCAUGACUGGCCACAAGGUGUCGAAUACCAUGGAGACUACCAAUGGCUGUUCCGCAAAAGAAAAGACUUUGAAGCUGAUUCAUCUAUUGGGAAGCUGGGGAGCGUGGCUGCAAGACAGUGCUUGGAUCGACUGCGGCCGCCGUAUUGGUUCUCUGCACAUCUCCACACCAAAUUUGCUGCUGUCUUCCAACAUGACAAGGGCAACACAUCCCCACAGGCGAUCUCUAAAUCCCAUCCGACUGUCGGCAGAAUCCUCGAAGAGUCAGAUUCGGCGAAGACGCCAUCAACGGCCUCGAGUGUGUUCACCCAACUUGGUAAUGUGACCCCACGACCGGAAGACCAGCAGCAAGUGUCGGGCUGGCAACAAUUUCAUGCUCCGGCUCGACAAGAAGACGCCGAAGAAAGAGACGGAGUUCUCAGAGAGCGGGAGACCGAACCGCUUCAAGAGGAAAAGGCCGAUGCCUCCUCCACUCCGCAUUUUUCGUUUGAUGAGACGUUUAAGAAAAUCGGCAGAGGCGACGGCCUCGAGCGUACGGUAGUAUCGACGACUCGAAGCCAGGUUCACUCAGAGGACCAUGAUCCUAUUCCAAAUCUCGACGGCUGCUUUUGCUCAAGGCCAGCUAAGAGGCAGCGCUUGGAAAGUGGACAUCCAGACUCUAUUCACGAUGAAAAUGACAAUGAUGUUCGACCAGAUGCAUCUGGAAACCAGAUGGACGGUGCCAGUGCGAGAUUUCUUGGGCCAUCGAAACCUGCAGUCGCCAAUCCAGAUUCUAUCGAUAUUGACAUGAGUGACGAUAGCGACACCACGGAAGUAGCUAGUCAAGAUGCUGCCACGCCUCGAAGCAAACUGCUGUCAAUCCCCAACGCAACGGCCAAAGUCACCGACAAUGAUCACUUGAAGAAGUCGUACAGCUCCCAGAGUCCAUCAGAAGAGAGCGAGGACGGCGGUGUCAAGCUCAAUGUGAAGGCUGCAUCCUUCACACCAAUGCCUAGUAUCUCUCCCCUGCAAGGCGAAGCAACUCACUCUCAAGAUUCGCCUACGCCUUCUGGGAUUUCGUCCGAGUCGGAACUAAACCCACGCGCUCGACUAUUCGAUCCGCAGCCAUCUCCCAACGGCGGUAUUGAAGCCAGCUCGGUACAAUCGAUUAUUCAAGCAGAACCAAAGAACGAGUCUCAGGUUGUGGAUGGUAACGAUGGUGUGCCCGAGGAGAUCAGGGCCCAGCUAGCUGCCUUAUCAAGCAAAUUCCGUCCAAAAGAACCGACUGAAGUAUCUCCGCCACUCCCAUUCCCAGAAGAAAUCACCAACAAAACAACGUACUUUCUCGCCCUUGGAAAAUGCGAUGCUUACCAAGAAUUCCUCCAGCUUCUCGAAAUCCAGUCUAUGACUUCCCCUGAGGAAGAGAUCCGUCGCCCGCUCAAACUCUACUACGACCCCGAAUGGCUCGCAAUCCAACGAGUCUUUGCACCCGAGCUUCAACUUGGUGGCAUUGCAAAAGAUAGAGUCCCAGCGCACCGCGGCGAGACCUACUACCGUGAUCAAAUUGCGAAGGAGCAUGAAUGGGUUAUCGAGCAUGUGGUCAAGCCAGGCAAGCUGCAAAUCCCCGAGAACUUCAGCGUGACGGCUCCAGUAUAUGAUCCGAGUCUGCAAGUUGCACCGGAUGAGAUGCCGCGCGAGGUGACGAACCCUCAGUCGAACGCGUACUGCGAAUUGAUUGGGAUCGAAAACAAAUUCGACGCGAGUGAAGAAGAGAGAGAUUCCAGGAUGCAGCAGGGCCCGAGGCCUGAGAGCGCAGAGUUCCAGGCACAUCGAGAUCGGCCGCGUCAGCAUGGACAGGGCGGUGGGAGGGGUCGUGGAAAUCACCGUGGGGGCGGCGGUGGUGGGAGAGGGACAGGAGCGCGAGGAGGUGGCAGAGCAAGAGGGCGCGGACGGCGGUAUUAG